CACCUUAUGUGCUACCAAUGAAGAGCUCCUCCUCUUCAGCUCUUCUGUUUUUCCUCGGGGGAGUGAUCGUGUUUCUUUUCCUGGUGAUUGUCCUGCUGAUCUUAAGGAAAAAUAAGAUCCCCAAGGAACUGGGCAACUUGGUUGUACGAAGCAGAGGACGAAAAGCCUCGAAAGACUUCCUCAGCGGAAAUCUUCGAACCAUCAGCUAUUUUGACUUCCACACCCUGAAGAAGGCAACUAAAAACUUCCAUCCUGCAAACCUACUCGGAGUGGGCGGAUUUGGUCCAGUCUACCGGGGAAAGUUACAAGAUGGGACAUUUGUUGCUGUGAAGAAACUGUCACUUGAGAAAUCCCAGCAAGGAGAAUCAGAAUUUCUUGCUGAGGUUAGUAUGAUAACAAGCAUCCAACACAAGAAUCUAGUCCGCCUCCUCGGUUGUUGCUCAGAUGGGCCACAACGACUCCUAGUGUACGAGUACAUGAAGAACAAGAGCUUGGAUCUUAUUGUAUAUGGGAAAAGUGACCAAUACCUCAACUGGAAAACCAGGUUUCAGAUUAUUGUUGGAAUUGCACGAGGAUUGCAGUACUUGCAUGAAGAUUCACCCCUGAGAAUUGUUCAUAGAGAUAUCAAAGCAAGCAACAUUCUUCUUGAUGAGAAAUUCCAACCUCGGAUUGGCGAUUUCGGGCUGGCAAGGUUCUUUCCUGAAGAUCAAGCAUACCUUAGCACUACGUUUGCUGGAACAUUAGGAUAUACUGCACCUGAAUAUGCUAUAAGAGGGGAAUUAUCUGAAAAGGCCGACAUUUACAGUUUCGGGGUUCUCGUGCUUGAGAUCACCAGUUGCAGGAAAAAUACCGAUCUGACUUUACCAUCAGAAAUGCAGUACCUCCCUGAAUAUGCGUGGAAACUAUAUGAGAGAUCGAGGAUAAUCGAGCUGGUAGACCCAAGAAUGCGAGAAGACGGAUUCAUAGAGAAGGAUGUCUUGCAAGCCAUGGACAUCGCCUUCUUGUGCCUUCAACCUCAUGCUAAUUUAAGGCCUCCAAUGUCGGAGAUAGUGGCCAUGUUAACAUGCAAGGUCGAGAUGGUCGAAAGACCCAUGAGACCUGCUUUCUUGGAUCGUCGGCCUAAGAAGGAGAACCUUUCCUGGGAUACCAUCUCCGAGGCUUUCCCGUCUCCACUCCGGAGUGAUUCCAUUUCUUUAAGUAGGCCAACUAAGUAA